CUGGCGGGCGCACUGCCCUCCACCAUGAACCACGAACGGAGCCUGCAGAACAACGCGGUGGCCUGGCUGGUCUGCUCGGGCUUGGCGGUGCUGGCCAACGCUUGGGGCAUCCUGAGCGUCAGCGCCAAGCAGAAGAAAUGGAAGCCGCUGGAGUUCCUCAUCUGCACCCUGGCAGGGACCCACAUCCUCAACAUCUCCGUGCCCAUCACCAUGUACUCGGUCAUCCAGCUGCGCCAGCGGCACUCGGACUACGAGUGGAACGAGGGCCUCUGCAAAGUCUUCGUCUCUACCUUCUACACCUUGACGUUGGCCACCUGUUUCUCCGUCACCUCGCUCUCCUAUCACCGGAUGUGGAUGGUCCGUUGGCCAGUUAACUACAGAUUGAGCAAUACCAAGAAGCAAGCGGUCCACACGGUGAUGGGCAUCUGGAUGGUCUCCUUCAUCCUCUCCACGCUGCCCGCUGUGGGCUGGCACGACACCACCGAGAGGUUCUACGCCAGCGACUGCCGUUUCAUCGUCACGGAAAUCGGUCUCGGCUUUGGCGUCUGCUUCCUGCUCCUCAUCAGCGGCAGCGUGGCCAUGGGGGUGGUCUGCGUGGCCAUCGCCCUCUUCCAGACCUUCUCCAUCCAAGCGGGCAACACCCUGGACAAGAACAAGUUCAACGUGCCCACCAUCGUGGUGGAGGACGCCCAGGGCAAGCGCCGCUCCUCCAUCGACGGAUCGGAACCCAUCAAGACUUCUCUCCAGAUCACAUACCUGAUCACCGGCAUCGUUUUCCUCUACGAUUUCCUGAUGGGGUUUCCUGUCUUGGUGGUGAGUUUUGCCAGCCUGAAGUCGGACGUGGCCUACGACUGGAUGAUCCUGUGCAUCCUCUGGUGCUCCGUGGCCCAAUCCCUUCUCCUGCCCUUGUUCCUUUGGGCCUGCGAUCGCUACCGGGCCGACGUCCGCUCGGUCUGGGAGAAGUGCGUGGCCAUCAUGUCCAACGACGACGGUGGAGAAGAGACCAACUUGGACCGGCCGGUCUCCACGGACGCGAUGUACUCGCCAACCUUUCCCGACAGCCUCUCGGGCGACGUGCUCACGGUGGACCAGAUCACCAGCUAUGACCUGUCGGCCCUGGAGCGAGGGAUCCCUCAGGUCUACGCCGCGAAGCCCGUCCCAGAGGACAAAAUGCAGUAUCUCCAGGUCCCUCCGACCAGGCGUUUCUCGCACGAUGAAACUGAGAUUUGGACCACCAGCCAGAUUUCGGCCUACUUUCAGCACUGGGUGGCAGGAGAGGACAUCACUGCCGAACUGGCAAGCCUGCUCCUCCCUCAGCCUCGCUAUGACCGGCGGAGGACCAGCGUCCUAUCCUACCAGGAGGAACGGCGUCCCCACCGGAAGCGCCGGAAGUCGGCCGAGAGCCCGUUAUCCCUCAAGCCCUUCUCCUGCGAAGACCUCCACCAGCAGGGAGGCUACAAGUGCUUCAGCAAAGAGGAUUUCGCGGAGGAGCCCGUUCCCAGCCCUACCCUGAGGAGACCGCCGGUGCGCUCGGCCUCUGUCUCUCUCCUCCCAGAUGCCUUUCCACGCCGUUCGACCGCCACGGUUCUCCGAGACUUCCCUCUGACAACUUUCGAACGAGAGCCUCAAGUCUUGCGAAGCAUCUCAGUCCAAGGACGAGGGAGUUCUCUGGCAGUACCGGUCCUUCUCCCGGCCCAGGAGGACUCUCGGAUCCUUUUCCCCAAAGGGAGCUUGGACACGCCUUGCCACAAACAGAUUCACGUCGAACUCUGCGAGAGUCCCGGCACGGAGGACUGUCCGAUGAUCAGGAGCUGCUCCAAGACCGAAUGUUUCCGAACGGGGCUGAGCCCUUCUUGGAGAGGCCAAGACAACCUGCAGAAAAACGGGAGCAAGGGGAGUACGAGCAGUUUCUUGAGCUCGCCCUCAGCCUCCUCGGGAUACGUCACGUUCCACUCGGAUUCGAUCAGCUCGGCCUCGUAGGUUCCCGGGAUUGCUUCGUACGCGGAUCUUCCAGGCAGUCUAGGACAACCCGUUGUGGCCAACUCAUCGUGGGACAACUCAGGACAAUUCAACAAGGCGUCAGACCUAUCGCUCUGUUACUUUGUGAUCGGCAGCCAUGUUUUUGUUGAAAUUUUUGUAACUCCCGUAUUUCUGCAAUGACUUUCUUUUGUUAUUAUGGGCCACGAAUCCGUCGAAAUUAACUUUUGUAUUUGUUGAGUUGUCCCAUGGCGAGUUGGCUGCCGUUCAGUUUCCAGAUUUGUUUCUCGCUCAACGGGAUGCCCUCCGGUUGUGGUCUGGAUUUGGUAAACGGGAACUGGACAAAGCACCAAAGAACCUUUAUCUUGUAUCUCGUCCAGGUUGCCACAAGCAGGAGAGAGAGAGAGAGAGACAUUAAGCAAGAUGUUUUGGAGAGCAACCGUGUAAGCAAAGCACUUCGAAUCCAGACGGGUCGUAUCUCAGCUCGGGGCAAGGGAGGGUAACGCUCUCCUCUCUUCCUUUUCUACUGCAAGAACCCCCACAGCUCGUCCCAAAACGACGGACUUUUUGGUUUGGUUCAUUUUUCUAAUCCUCUCACAUGUCCUCCAAGAACUUUUCUAGGUAGAUGUUAAAUGUGCAUGUCUUUGGGUACUGAUCCUUCUCUCUUGGCGCACGGCCGUGGGAGGAAGUUGUUGCCCAAAAGAGCCCAGGUCCCCUUUAAGGAAAAGGCUGGGCAGGGUACACGCCCCCAAGUUUUUCAGUCCUUGCUCUCCAUUCCAAGGGACCCUCUUUACGGGCAAUGAGGGGGUGGGGGGGGUUGAGAUGCGCGUGGGGUCCAUUCUUCCAAAAUAGCGUCACCUGCAAGGGGUCCGUUAUUCCAGAAGGGUUGCAUGCACACGGUCUGUUAUUCCAGAAUAAUGUCACAGGCAUGGCGUCCGUUAUUCCAGAAUAGUGUCGCAUUGAUGUGGUCAAUUAUUCUGGAAUAGUGUUGCAUGCAUGUGGUCCGUUAUUCUGGAAUAAUGUUGCAUGCAUGUAGUCCGUUAUUCCGGAAUAGCGUCAGCGUUGGGACUGGGACAAACUCUGAUUGUUUGCUAACAAGGUUGAAGGUUUCUCUCCUCUCAGGAGCAAAAUUUUCAGUCUGAUCCAGGAAAAAAUCCCUUUGGGCUCAUUCCCCAGCCCCCUAGCAGCCACCCGACCUCCUGUUCAGUGCCAAAGCCUCACCCCACAUCCUGCACAGAGCCAGCCACGGCCCCAUAACCUCCCGAGGGUGGCCUGCAGGAUGCGGAAACAGACGAGGAGGGAAAAGAUUGUACAGAGAAUUGCAGCUUUCCUUUUGCAGCAUCCCACUCAAGCAAUUCCACAACCAGCGCAAUCCCUGCAGGAGGCGUUGCUCUGACCCAUAACCAGUGGGGUUGCUGCCCCAGAUAAUGGGAUAUGGGGUGGGGGCGGGGGGAGAAUGCUUGGAUCCCAACAGAUCCAGCUUUGAGGGGAACGUUUUAGGGCUGUUAAACUCCCUUAUUACUGUAUACUAGGGGACACAACGUUUACUUUUUCUCCUGCGUUGUGGAACAGAGUUUUUCCCCGUCUCACACCCGCCCUGCCCCUUCUCAGGGGUUCCUGCGCUGGGACAAGCAGGAAACCCCAUCCUCUCCCCCCCACCAGAUGUUUUAACACCAGAUGUUUUUAACACCUGGUCAGUUCAGUGCAGGCCAAGGGGAUGGAUUUUUCUGCCCGAAUCCAGGUAGAUAUUUGCAUGUUCUUUGAUUUGAAAAUAAGUGGGAUGGGGAGGAAAUGAGGGCCCGGAGAGAAAGGGAGAGUAGAGAGCAGCGGCUGCUAAUAUUACAGGAAACUUUCGCCUUUUAAUUUCAUUUGUAUGCUGUCCUGAUUUUAAGGGGCCACCUGCCCCCCCCCCAAACGUCCUAGUUGUGCUAAAAAGUGAAAGUGCCCCUCUUUCUUCCUCUCUCUAUGGUUGGGAGCACGCAACUUUUCUGGACUUUUACCGAGCGUUCACAACAAGUGCCCUCACCUAUCAGUUCAGGGAUAGUUCGCUAUUUUGGACGAGAAGGGAGAUCUCUCCAUGCGAUCCAAUUAUUAAAAAAUUGUGCUGAGGCUGUGGUGGCCUUGGGAAGAUCCCACCCCCACCCCAAAAAAGCCAGUUUACACAUUGUAAAACCAAAACAAUUUUUAUAGUUUGCUUCCUGGGCUCAAGACACCCCAAAAGGAAGCUGAGUUUCCCAAACUGUAGAUAGUGGGAAUUUACAAAACAAAAAAUCAAAAUGAAGGCAAUAAGAAUAUUUUUUUUCUACUCCAAAAACACAUUUUAUCUGAAGUGGGUGUUGGUUGGUGCCAAAUCUAGACAAAUUGUGCCAUUUCUAUUGUUCUGGGCUUUUCUUUAAAAAAAAAAAUCACACUCUUCCCCCAGCAUAUAACUCUAGGCCUAGUUUAUCUUUCACUCUGCUUAACGUCCAAAGCCUUGAAUUAUGACCAAUGCAAAAAUUGGUGUCCUCUGUUCCUCUCCCUAAAAGCAAAAACAAAAAAGGCAGAAUAAGGCUAGAUCUAAAAACCGAAUUUAAUUCUGUUUUCUGUAGCUUGGAAUGGCAUCUAAACUUUAUGCGGGUUUGUCUUUCGAUCCAUAGUUCCCAAUUUUGCACAUUUCAGAUGGGUGGACUUCCCAGAAUUCCCCGGCCAGUCAUUCUCGUUUUGUUUUUUUCCACCCACUCUCUUCCCAGAACAGAGAGAUUGCAGUGGAAGGGGAUUGUAAGAGAGUAAUGACUGGCUGGGGAAUGCUGGACGUUGAAGCCUACCCUUCUUCUGCACCCAUCAAAUUUAGAUGCAUCCUCCUGAAAAAACCCAAAUAUUCAUGAUGAGAAAACAACCACUAGUGUCUUUAUCCUGGUAGACUGCCACUAAAUAUGGAAGCUCAAUUUCCUCAGUUCUAGUGUUGUAAAACUGUUCGCGUCUCCAAGCAGGAAGCGAGCUGUGUAAUAUCUAUGCAGAAUAUAAUCAGGCACCGUGCAUUCAAAAGUUUUACC